AUGGACGGGGACACUCUGGAUCGUGAAUUGGCCUCGCUCGCCGACACUAUCACUGUGAGCAACCCUAUCACUUUUGGGCAAAAGUCUUCAUGGCGUACAGCACAAAAAGAUGCCGAAUUGAUGGCAAACCAUGAAAGCGAAUUUGCUAAGACGCUCCCAAAGAAGUUUGUGCUGACGGAACUUCGCGAUGCCAAAGGCGACUUUGCAGUUGUAGCUAAUGCUGCAAAGAACCCGAUGCAGCCACUACGCCCUAGUUUGCUACUUAACGAAGAUGGCAGUAGAAGCAAAGCCAGUGGUAGUGCAAGUAUCUCGGGCGAUCCUCCACCCAGAGCAGCGUUAAUGACGCCGCCAUCACGCGUACCAAUCGCUAAGCGAAUCCACAUGGACGGUAUCCUACGUGGUGUUCCUGGCAGCACCGAAGCGAUCAGUACCAUUCAGCAGCGAGCUUUUGUGUAUGACAACGAGAUGAGCAACAUGAACCGCGAUAAGGACACAAGUCACCACCGAAAGCGAGAUGCUUAUUCUGAAUAUGUGGAGGCUCGUGCGCGAUUUAGCAAGAUGCACAGCGUGAACUGA